UCGAUCGAUUCGAUCGGUGUUUGUGGGCGACUGUUUGGUUUCUGUCCCCAUAUUUUUCGCUUGAAUAUUGUUGUCAAUAAUUACCCUUGGAAGGAUAUUCGCAUCAUUGUUUUGCUUCAUUCUGCUUCGGUGGGGUUGAGUGCGUGCUCCAGAGUCUCAUUUGGUCCGGGAAGUGGACGGGAAGGCGUCUCUCGCCGAUCCACCUCGGGCAGGCAAAGUCACCAAUCAGGACAAUCAGCUGUCAUGUUGCAAUGAAUGAACGGCUGCUUUGAAGCCUCGUCUAUUUAUUUGGCCCCGCUCUCCUCCGAUUUGGUGAUGGUACUUUCGCCGCUCUGUGGGAGGUGGCUGUUCGCGUGAUUCUGCCGUUACAUGGCGUUUGAUUGGUAUUCCAAUGGCAGACAAAUCAAUGCAUCACUAUGCUAUGGAAGAUAAUGUUAAUGGAGCAUCUGGUGGACAGUUUGUCGUAACUGUGGGCAGUGAUGGUAAACUGAUGCAGGUACGAGACCCCCUGUUUAUGCCCUCAUCAUCAGGUGUUCCAACCUUGGCUGGUGGCAAGAGAGAAGAAAUGAAUCCCAACAUAAAUCAGGCAUCAUCAAGCAAGAACGAUGUUUACCAAUAUGUCGUCAAUGCUGCUAGCAGCUCUGGGCAGUACAUGGGUCUCAUGGCUAUGGGCCCCGACGGCAAACUGGCACCUGUUCGCAAUGACCGAAACGCCAUUCCUCAUCAGGCCCCUUCUGCUGCCGUAAUUGAUUUUAAUGCUUCUAAGGAUCCGAAAGCUGUUCUGCUUCAAAUACACCCAUCGCAAUCUCAUCAUUCUGUACAAGACUCUCACUCCCAAGUUCAGAAGCAUCACCAAGAACACCAGCAUCGAAACGACAGGGGCAUCUCCCAUCAGCCUGCUGCGGUGAUUGAUUUCAAUAACGGCAAGGAUCCAAAAUCGGUGCUACUCCACAUUCACCCAUCUCAUUCGCAGUUACCACACCAGUCCGCUCAGGAAAGUCACAAUGUGCACCAUGCCCAAGUAGCCCAGCAGCAGCACCAGCAGCAGCAGCAAGGAAAUAUUCCUCAUCAACUUCAGCAAGGAAACCAGCAGCAAACCCAGCCUCACGAACAAAGACAACCUCUUCAACAGCAGCAAAGACGCCAGUCUCACCAACAGGUUUUGCGCACUGAUAAAAUUGUCAAAGGUGACAGAGAAGUGGUCUGUGCUAAAUCUUGCAGAGCAUGCUGCAAGUUUGAUGAAGAAGAGCCUCCAGAUGUUAACUCUUAUGUUCAGCAGACCAUGAAGUCUGUUUCGCAGGAGGAUAGUGCAACCACCACACCAACAUCGUGGGCAUCCGAAAACUCUUCAUCAUUCUCACCUGGUGGUGUUAGUGCUACCUCUCCAAAUGGCUCCUCAAAAGCAGCAAGAUUUCAGUGCAAAGUUUGCAUGAAAAUGUUCACGCAGAAAGUAAAUCUGACUGCUCAUGAACGUAUUCACCUAGGUGAACGUCCAUAUCAGUGCAAAACUUGCUUGAAGUCAUUCACUCAGCAGUCCAACCUUGUGACACACGAGCGCAUUCAUACAGGCGAACGCCCAUACCAGUGCCAAGUCUGUAUGAAGCGAUUCACUCAACGUCAAAACUUAACUGCUCAUGAACGGAUUCAUCUUGGCGAGCGUCCAUUUACAUGCCAAGUCUGUAACAAGUCCUUCACGCAGAGUCAGAAUUUGACAGCACAUGAAAGAAUACAUCUUGGUGAAAGACCUUUCCAGUGUCAAGUGUGUCUCAAGACUUUUACGCAGCAACAAAACUUGAACUCUCAUGAGCGUAUCCACCAUAUGGAGCGCCAGUUUACAUGCAAUGUUUGUUUGAGAGUCUUUAGUCAAGAAACGAGUCUGCAGAGACACAUGCAAACACACACUGGAGAAAGGCCUUACACUUGCCAGGUGUGCCAUAGGUCCUUUGCUCAACAGUCCAGCCUUCUAGUCCAUGAAUGGGUUCACAAAUCUCCCGAGCGCAGGAAGAGAAACUACCCCUAUGCCAAUGUGGAAGAGAAUGUUCUGGAAAUUCAGUCCUCAGAGCAGGAUCAUCACUCAAAUGAAGAAUCGCUCCAAGAACGCAAACACAAUGUUGAUCAAGAUGAGGGGGAAAAGGGCCAACAGGUUCAGUGUCUCACCUGAAUGACUUUGUCAAUUUAAGGUACUCCAACCAACAAAGCCAAUAUGUUGGUUUCCACUUAUUUCAUGAUGUUAAGUCUCUCUUUAUUGUUGGCUUUCUGAAUUAUAAAAUUUAAUGUUCUGGCAUGGUUUAUAAUAUGUUCUUAUUGGGUUUAAGUGUCGUAUGCACUUAUUUAGUAAGUAUCUAUCGUUUCUCAGGUUCAAGUAAAUAUUGACAUUUUAAAGUUUCUUCAUGCCAUAUAAUUUACCAAACAAGACAAUUUGUAAUACUCUAAACGGAUUGUACUGGUUGGUACUGCUUUACAUUUAUUAUUAAUGUAUUCUUGCAUUUGUGGAGUUUCAGUGUUUUGUUUGUUCAGUGGAUGAUUUCUUAUAUUGUUAAACACACUUUAGGUCACAAUUUUAACUACUCAUUGAAUGGGAUAUUUGUUUUUGGAUAAGUAAGAGGGUGGGAAAAAUGUAUAAUUAUAUAGGAAAACAUUGGAUUUAAAUUUAACAAUUUAGUUGAUGCUGCCUUAAAAGGUAGAGAUUAAUUUAGGGUCAAAUAAAUCUAGACUGAAAAGUA